AUGCGCACCAGGUCUGCAGCACGUCCGCGAUUGGGGGGCGGGGUCGUCGCCGCCGCCGCCGCCUCCGAUUUCCCCACCGUGACGUGGUAUCCCGAGAAUGAGGGCAUGCAGCUCUGGAACUUGAAGGACACGUAUCUCCACCUCCAGCGGUUCAGGGACCUCGAUCCCGACACGCCGCGCCGGCUGCACGCCUGGGCAAGCCAGGCGGCGGGGUUCGACAGGUCUAGACGACCACCGGCGGGAGCGUGUGCCAUGAGGAAGACCUUCACUGACGAUGAAGACGGGUGGGUGGGGCUUAUCCGCGCAGCGAUCAUCUGCCCUGUGUAG